GCUUCGUAUCCUAGGAGAAGUUUUGUUUACUUCCGGGUUGUCGCUGAGGAGAACACCAACGCCCUGAACACCCAGCAAAGCGGAUUAAAGUCCUGCAGAGAUGGCAGAGGAGGCAGAAGACGAAAUACCCGAGUCUGGUGCAGUUUUCACGUUUGGAAAGAGUAAGUUUGCUGACGACAUGCCCAGUGUGUUCUGGCUGAAGAACGACGUUCCUGAGAGGAUCGCCUGUGGAGAUGAGCACAGUGCCUUGGUCACAGGAAACGGCAAGCUCUUCAUGUUCGGCAGCAACAACUGGGGCCAGCUGGGGCUGGGCUCCAAGCAGACAGUACAGAAGCCCACCUGUGUCAAAGCUCUGAAGGGUGAGAAGGUCCAGCUGGUGGCGUGCGGACGGAACCACACGUUGAUCAGCACCGAGCAGGGACACGUGUUUGCCUGCGGCGGGAACGGCGAAGGCCAGCUGGGACUCGGCGACUGCGAGGAGCGGACCGCCUUCCAGAAGAUCGGCUUCUUCCAGGCGCACGGACCAAUCAAGAUGCUGGCUGCCGGGUCCAACACCUCCGCCGCCCUGACAGAGGGCGGGAAGCUGUUCAUGUGGGGCGAGAACUCUGAGGGUCAGAUUGGACUGGGGAAGCGGAGCCAGGCGACCCGGCCGAUGGAGGUCAGCGUGGGCCGGCCGGUCAGCUGGGUGUCCUGCGGGUACUACCACUCCGCUCUGGUGACAGCGGACGGAGCGCUGUUCACCUUCGGGGAGCGGGACAGCGGGAAGCUGGGGCUGCGGCCGGAGCGGCUGGCCAGACACCGGGUCCCGCAGCGGGUGCAGAGCAUCACGGAGUCGGUGCUGCAGGUGGCCUGUGGCGGCAGCCACACGGUGGCGCUAACAGACAGCGGCAGCGUCUACUCGUUUGGCCUAGGUCAGUUCGGCCAGCUGGGCCUCGGGACGUUUGUGUUCGAGUCGCAGCUGCCGCGCCCCGUCCAGCGAGUUCAGGCGGGCCGGCCAACCCGGGUGACCUGCGGGGAGAGCCACACUGCCGUCCUCACAGACACGGGGCUGCUGUACUCGUUUGGCGACGGCCGGCACGGGAAACUGGGCCUGGGCGACCAGAACUUCACCAACCGGUUCCAUCCAGCCGUGGUUCCCCGCUUCCUGCCGCUCGCCGUCCAGGCCGCGGCAUGCGGAGGUUGCCAUAUGGUGGUUCUGGCCCGGCCCAGAGGACCCGGCUGCUCCGCCAUCACGUUGGAGGACGGCGCAUUCGACUUCCUGGGGGAACCGACCGCCACACUGCAGCGCAGCCUCUCCGCCCGGGUUCGCCGCAGGGAAAGGGAGCAAUCUCCGGAGCAGUUUGGACCCGCGGCCCACUCUCUGCCUGCCAGACCUUCGGGCGUCCUACAGACGGCACUUCCUGCCUUGGGCCAACCGGACCAGAACCAACUGGACAAGAACCACGGGCCGGUUCUUAACGGGACCCAGCACUACGGCCCAGACGGCGUCCAUCAGGGGCAGACAGGGGGCGAUGUGGAGACCCUGACAGAAUGCGACAGCGUGAGAGGACUGGGAGAAACCACUGACUUCCUGAACCUGACUCAUGUGAUGAAGAUGGAUCCCAGCGACAAAACACUCAGCCUAUCUCCACUGUUGAAGGAUGCGGUGGAGGCCCUCGAGGAAGAGGACGACAGAACUGGUGAUGAAGAGCAGACUGGGACAUCUUCGUCAGCAGAGAGUCCACUCCUGUGGUCCCAGAAGCUGAACGCAGAGCCAGCUUCACAUCCAAUCAGCAGCGAGCCUGGAGGAGCCACGCCCCCUGAAUGCCCUUUACCUGGAGGAGCCGAGGUCAGAGGUCACAGCCCCGCAGCAGAGCAGUCAGGAAGUGAAGUCAAAGCACCCAAUGGGGAAGCGGAGCUCCUCUCCGACAGUCGAUCAGGCUCCAGCAGGAAGCUGGCCGUUUUCAGACGGCUGUCCUCGUCCAGGUCCAGGCAGGUGGACACGACGCGUUCUGGAGCCUGCAGCCUGCUGUAGGAAACCAUCAAACAUCUGGGCCAGGUCAGCGGCGCCACCUGCUGGACAGGAGCAGAACUGCAGCUCAGCUUGGUGACUUCCUGACAUUCCAGAACCAUCAGAACCUUGAAGAACCACUAGACCCUUACAGAACAUCCAGACCCUUACAGAACAUCCAGAACCUUACAGAACAACCAGAACCUUACAGAACAUCCCGACCCUUGCAGAACAACCAGAACCUUACAGAACAUCCAGAACCUUACAGAACAUCCAGACCCUUACAGAACAUCCAGAACCUUACAGAACCCCCAGGACCAAUGUUCUGACAGUUAGUUCCACACUCUGACAGGAUUCUGUUCUGUGGAAGGCUCUGACCCUGUUCUGUUGAACCGGACCUGCUGCUCCUCUCUCUGUAGGAAACGUUUCUGCUAAUCUCAGGAUCGUUUCAGCCUCUAAUAACUGUUCAGAUUAGGAUUAAAUCAGCCUUCAACUCACUGUUUAAAGGAAUGUUCCCCCUAAAGCAGAAAAACAUCCUGACCAGAGUCAAACAUUAUAACGUUCAAAACAAAAUAAGAGAAAAAUCCCAAAAACAAAUUAUUACUAAAUAGUUCCAAAUGCUGGGGAACUUUAUUAAAAUAAAAGGAAAUGGGCAAAAACAAGUGAAAAAUAAAAUAACACAAGUACGCAAAAAUAAGGGGGGGGGAUACGGACAAGAAUACAACAAAAUAAUGUGUAAUUUUAUUAUGUCCUGUUUAUUUAUUAGUACAGAGACAGAGAGAUUAAAUCAGGAUGAUUUAACAGAUCAUGACUUGGUGCAAAGCCAGUUUAGUUAUUAAUUACAAAUAAAGUCUUUAUUCAUUCACUAUCUCACUAAAACCAAGCAAACCAAACUAUAGAACAGACUGUUCAACACUUCUGUACUCUCAUUAAUAAUGAAUUCAUUUAACAGCAGCAAUAUAUUUAUCAUAUAUGCGAACAUUUUAUAACUGGAGCUUGUUAUUACACAAACUAUCCCAGUAAUUGGUUGCACAAAAGAGGAAGCAUUGUAUUAAAAGCAGUCGUAUGUUUAGGGAAGCUGCACUCACCUCCAGGGGGCGCCUUAGCGACUCUAGUUUAUCUUACAGCAUCGUCAUGAAGAAUUUGAUAAACUGAACAAAUGUUUGCAUAAAAUAUCUGAUUUAUUAUAUUUGGGGAGAAUAUGACAGUGAUAUCGUCUAGAUGUCAUGAAUCUCUAACUCAUGAGUCAACAGGUUUUAAAACUGUGAGCUUGCCUGAGACCAGUGAGUCAUACAAGAUAAAGAAACAUAUAUGCUUUAGGUUAGCUAAGCUGAAUGUCAAGGCUUCUUCACAUGAUUUUUAAACGCUGCAUCAGCAUCUAUCAACCGGGUAAAAUGUGGAAUAUUCCUUUAAACCUGGAAAUCAGAUGGAGCAGGUCUUUCCUUCACUGUUCAACUGAAAUGUGUGAUGCUCUCCUCUCAGCAGCUGUGUGUGUGAUUAUUUAAUUACCCAAUCUUGAAGCACAUUUUGCACUUUCUCUGGACCCAGUUUUAUACCCUGACAUGUUUUAAUCUAUUUUUUUUAUAUAUAAAUCAGAUGUUUUAUUGACAGUAAAAGGUUUUGAUAUGAA